GGCACCUGUCAGCUAUCAAUUUUUGUCUAUUUUAUCCAAAUUAGGUAUUAAUUUUUGCUUUUUCAAAUUUUGAGUUAAAACGCUUGAUGCAAUAGGUAUGGCUUGCUUCAAGGGGUUCUUCAAGAAAUCGAAAUCUGGAGGAGGAUCUAGCAAAAAAUCUCGCCCCGGAAAAAUAACCAGUAAUCCGUUUUUGAACUUCUUAAGAAAGUUUCGACAAGAACAUUUGGGCUGGCCCCAAAAGAAAGUCGCGAUGGAGGGCGCCAAACUUUGGUGUAGCAUGACUUUGCAACAGCGCAGGGAGUAUUACGAUCAAGCGUGCAAAAUAAGGCGAAAGAGAAAAUGCAAUCCGGGUAAAUUGACGAAUAAUCCUUUUUUAAAUUAUCUGCGCGUUUUUCGAAGAAAGCAUUGCAAGUGGAACCAAGCCAGAAUUGCCAUACAAGGCGCCAAAUGUUGGUGUAGAUUAAACGAAAAACAGAGACGAAAAUUUUAUAAACAAGCGAGGCGAAGAAGUACGAACAAUUCUAGAAACCGAUGCCAUUGAAAUUUAUUUUUAUUUUGGAUAUUUAAUGCAUGUAAAUGUACUUUUUGCAAAAUUUUGUAAAUUCAUUGCACUGAUAAAAUAA